ACUGCAUUCGGCUCAUUCGGCUGUUCGUCGCACAGCUGAGGCAUUCGGGACUGUCCAGAUGAAAUUCUCGAUUGACACAAACGAAAGAGAAAAGUAGUUUAUUAAUGGCAAUUAGUUAAGUUCUACAUUUGAUGUGAUAGAGAAUAUAUAGAAUACAUAAAAUUGAUUUUAAUGAAAUCAAAUAAUGGAUAAUGUUAAAGCAGAAACUAAUAAAGUGAAAAAUAAUUUUCUACCUGCCUAUCAUAUUUUAAAAUUUUCAAAAACUGAUAAGGAUGACUUAGAAGCUGUAGACAUUGAACGCAGGUGUCUUGCUAUCAAAUAUUUAACCGCUAAGCAGUGUGAAUCAGAGGAUGUAGCAAGUUGCUUGCUUCGAAGGAGCUUGGAAGAUUAUCAAAAUUCAAUGGAACAUAAAGAUGGUGUAAAUAAUUAUUGGAAGCAGAUUAAGCUACAAACAUCAAGAAUUGAUAAUAAUCCACAAAAGUGGAAGUCUGGAUUAAAUGACGUAGAUAUUGCAAUAAAUUGUAUAAAGCCUUUGCCCUGUCAAGAUGAUAAGACCAUGCCUUGUCCUGGGAAAUUAUUUAAUGAGAGACACAUAAAGGAUAUCGUAGAUACAUGGAAAAAUAAAGAAACAACAAUAAGAAACAGGAAGAUCAGUGUUCAACUGAAAUCAAAUCUCAAUCAAGCGGUGAGUACAAGCACCACAGGAAGGAUUGAAAAUGAUAUGCCACAUGAAAGAAGCAGAUCUCUAUCUUCAUCAAACAAAUCUAUGGAUUUGGAAAACAUUAAUACCCAAGUAAGUUAUAAUAAUCAAACAUUUAUAAAGAAAAAUCACCAAAAACAAAAUUCUGUGGGGCAUAAAUUAUUUACAAGUGAAUUUAAAGCACGCCCUACAUUUGAAAAGCAAAACUCUUUUAAAACAAACGGGAAUAGUCACGAAUCACUGAAUUCCGUGAAAUUAAAAUCCCAUGUUUCCCUUCAGCAUAAUGAGGAAAAUUCUACAUUUAAACCGAAAACGAAAUUCUUCAAAACCGCUAGAGAAGAAUUAAACGUACAACAAAUGUCCGAAAAGUCUACGCGAAAGAAAACGUUAGGUGGCAAAGGAUCGCUUAAUGCUCAAUUCGUUUGUCCGUUUAAACGGGAGAAGGAGAGAGCAAUGCAGUCUGAGGAGAACAAUACCGAAACCGAUACAAUGGAGAUAGAGGAUGAGAGACUAAAAAACAUAGACCCAAAAAUGGUUGAACUGAUAAAAAAUGAAAUCAUGGAUUCGAAAUCGACCACUUCUUGGGAUGAUAUAGCAGGACUAGAAUAUGCGAAGAAAAUCAUUAAAGAAGUAGUUGUAUAUCCCAUGUUAAGACCCGAUAUUUUCACGGGUUUGCGUAGGCCACCCAAAGGUAUUUUAUUGUUUGGUCCACCAGGUACAGGAAAAACUCUUAUAGGCAAGUGUAUAGCAUCGCAAAGUAAAUCAACGUUUUUUUCGAUAUCCGCAAGCUCCUUAACUUCGAAGUGGAUGGGCGAUGGAGAGAAGAUGGUCAGGGCAUUGUUCGCAGUUGCUAGGGUUUAUCAGCCAUCGGUGAUUUUUGUUGACGAAAUAGACUCGUUACUCACUCAAAGAUCAGAGACCGAACAUGAGAGUUCCAGGAGAUUAAAAACUGAAUUUUUAGUGCAGUUGGACGGAGCUGCAACCGCGGACGAAGAUCGAAUUUUAAUCGUAGGAGCAACUAAUAGGCCGCAGGAAUUAGAUGAAGCAGCACGUAGACGAUUAGUUAAAAGGCUCUAUGUUCCUCUACCCGAGUUUGGAGCCCGUAAACAGAUUAUAAAUAAUUUAUUGUUAACUGUUCCACACGAUCUUACUGAGGAUGAUAUAGAUUAUAUAGCUGAACAGUCAAAAGGAUAUUCGGGAGCAGACAUGACAAAUUUGUGCAAAGAAGCAAGUAUGGGACCAAUUAGGAGUAUUCCGCUCACCCAACUGGAAGAUAUUAGGAAGGAAGAUGUAAGACACGUAACAGUUGAUGAUUUUAAGGAGGCAUUGAUACAUGUUCGUACUAGUGUAUCAGAAUCAAGUCUAGCAGCUUACGUUGAAUGGGACGCUAUAUACGGAACUGGAACAGCACAAAAUUAUAAAAUAUAAAAAAAUAAUACUUUAUUCAAUUAAUCACAUUUUAUAAUAUCAAACUGUUUUUUAC